UAAUCUAAAUAUAGUCAAACAUGCUGCUACUGCACACGACAGAGUUAAAAGGUUCUCAGAGAAUAUUGGGCCAACAUUGUUUUCACUGAGCUUCUGCAUACGUGUAUCUUGUAUAGCAUCAGACGUAAAGCAGUUUCCUGUCAGAGAAGUUUUAUUUGUUUGAUUAGAGAACAGAGCUCUUCACUUUGUAGAGGUAAUCAUAACUUAAGGUUCUACUGUUCAAUAUAAGCCUUACCAGACACAGAGUAGACCGACACCACCAACUCCUUGUUCCUGUCAUUGGGGAAUCUCUUACUGAGAAAGCAAUGCCUACAUCAGGACAAGAGAAAGUUGUAUUAUUUGUUGGUAGAUCAGGAAACGGGAUAACUUCCUGUGUCCAGACAAUCGAGAAGAUAAAUGACACUGACCUAGUAGUAAAGGAAUGUCCAGAUGUGGGGGAUAACGACCAGGACUUGAGAAAAGACAAGAAUGAAGUUUUACUGGACACUGCGAAAUUAAUACAAGACCUAGACCUGAAAUAUGGCGGUAUAGUCGCUCUAGUCUUCGUUCUGAAGUAUGGUGUCAGAUUCACGAAACAGGAGAAAGACGCUGUCGCUGUUGUCAAGUCUGUUUUUGGUGACAGUGUGUUCAGGGACAGGGGAAUCAUAGCCUUCACUUAUGGAGACCUCUUUGACCUCGACUGUGGAGACACUCCAGACAACACUGAACGUUUCAUGGACUGGUGCAGGGAACAAACUGGAGAUAUUGAAAAACUCUUUCAAGAAGUGAACUACAGAUGUGUUCUAUUUAAUAACAAAACAAAAGACGUCACAGAGAAUAAGAAACUAGUGACGUUGUUGUCUAAUCACGUCUUAUACAUUCGCCUGACUCAACCCAAAUAUCAAACAUUAAACUUAAGGAGUGGAGAGUCUACUAUUGUAGCAAUGAACUUAACUAAUCAAGACACUGAUUAUGCUAGAAAGACUUGGUUUAUUCUUCUACAUCUCCUUGGCUUUAUCUUAAAUAUAUUUGCAGUUUUAGCAAGAAGUAUAGAACCAAGAAUAAAUCCCCAGAUAGAUAUAAAUUACCCAAGUUCCUUUAAAAAGGAAGACGAUACUAAUGAUGAUUGUAAUUGUUAGAUCUAGGUUUUCAGAUACAUGGAAUUUAUGUUUUUUUUUUUUUUUAAGUUUAUAUCAACUGACUCUGUCUGGUAAAAAGUUUGUACACGUUUUUUCUCCGAAGCCCAAUCUUUAAUUAAGCUUAAAUUUUGCACAAUUAUUUCUUUUACCUGAAAAUACAAGAAUCCAUAAAAUAAUUAGACAAUUAGUUAAUUAACUAGGCCUAUUGGCAAUUAAUUAUUUUGUUCGGUAUCUCCAACAAUAGACAGAAAUUGUACUUGACUGAGGUGGAUGUAUAAGCUGAAUUAGUCCCCUUUGUAGGUUGCAGCGUUAAGGUAAGUUUAAUACAAACAAUACAGAAGUAAACAUCUUCAAUUUUCAUAUGCACAUCACUAACAGAGUGGUUAGAAUGUCAGCAUGAGGACGUUUGAGCCAUAAGCUCAAAUUCAUGUAUUUCUCCCUCACCCCCUUUUGCCUUUAAAUAAACGAUUACGGUAACAUUCACACAGAUAUCCCAUUCGUUCUCUCCUUUCAGAAACCCCCAUUAUCACAACUGAUCCAGAUAGGUGAUAGAUCAUAGCAAAGAUACAAGACACCGAUAGCAAAGACAAACAGACACAAACACUUUUUUGUUCCCCUGGCAAUCAAAUCAUUAAAUAAGAACAAUCUGGUACAAACUUUGUCACAUGUAAAUUAUGAGUGAGUCUGGUGUGAAUGUACACUUUGGUUUCUUAUAGUUAUAAUGUUUUUUGUUUGGUGAUGCACAGAUUGUAAGACAAAUUUCCUUACGGAUAAUAAAGAUUAUUAUUAUUAUUAUUGAGAAAGCUAACAUCUUGAAAUCUUCUUAUAUCAUAUAGUAAAGACGUUACUUCAAAAAAGAAGAUGAUUACGUCCUACAUCUAGUCAAGCAUGUUAACCAAUGACUUAAAUUCUGCCAAGUCAUUGGUUUUCCUGGCUAGCUCAGGCAACCCAUUCCAUGCUCUAAUAGCACUAGGGAAGAAGGAACACUUGUACACAUUUGUCCUAGCAUAUGGAACGAGGAAUGUGCCUUUAUCUUUGUGUCUUUCUGAGUAUUUUAUUAAAUUUUGUUUUUGUAUUUGAA